AUGGUCCAUCUGAAAACAUUGGCCUCGACAUUGGCCGUACUACUGCUGGCGGAAAUUUGGACAUGUUUUCCUCCUCCAAACAAACAAGUUUCAAACAAGGGGAAGGCAGUUGAACGUGAUAUCGAAGCCUUGGACGAUCCCAUGGACCUGGCGCUCACCCCAAGUAAAGUCAAACAUUCUUCCAAGCAGGAUGAAUCUGAUUUGAUCCGAGGCGAAAAUGAUGGUUUUCUGGGCGUCAAGAAGGUCGGCAAGAAUGAUCAGUCCAGCAAGCAGAUUGAGUCUAUCAGUGGAAGCUCAAGUUACCGACACCUUGUUGCUGUCGCGCAGGAAAUUAAAAUGGUAUUGAGAGCGCGGCACGAUCAGAAAACUUUGGCAAAGAAACAGGCAGAUUGGGAGUCGGUGAUCAAGAAUGCUGAAUGGACUAAAGAGAUAAUCUACGAAGCCAUACCAUCACGUGUUUCUAUGACUGACCUGGAAACCAUGAAAGAAAUUGUUGGGCGAUUGGAAGGUUUAUACGAGCUUAUUGAGACUAUAUAUGGUCCUCAGACUUCAGUGACUUCGACCGGGAAAUCUACUCGCCAGAAAUUACUCGACUUUGUUCCAAAACCUUCUCUUGAAUUGGACGAGUACAAGAAAUGGAUUCCAAAGCUAGUUUCACUCCUGGACGUGCCCACAGACUUGGGCGACCACAACUUUCAUGUUAGGGUAGCUUGGAACAGAUGCAUCCUACAGACCUUAACAUAUUUAUACAAAUACCACCUCAUCCCAGCCGAGUUGGCAGAAAGCUUUCAAGGUUACCCGAGGGACCCUGUAUUCUUAAAAUGGCUUGCUAUGGAAUCUCAUGACACGUUUCGACCAAAUACCAGAUACUGGAGCAACUUUCACCGAAGCUUAGAAGACGUCGAUUUCCUCCAAAACCAUCCACUACUCUCAUCAAUCGCGCAAAUCUUCAAUGAACUUGGAAGAAGAGAACAAGAUUUUAUUGUGUUUUACCGUCUCAAAUUCGUCAUUGAGUCUUUCUAUGAAAGGACUCUCCCUUAUGAAGAAAUGGAUCCCAACACAAAACCAAUCGAAGCACAAUGGCAUCUCGAAUUCUUAGAGAAGAUGGAAAAAACUGUAUCCAAAGAGUUUGAACUGACUAACAGCCAGUAUGAAGCAGAGUUGGCAAAUGGAUUGUUAGAAGUUAAAGACGAGCUAAUGGAAAUGAAGAAUUUCCUGAUUGGACCAAUUGUCGGACCAGAGCAUGAUAACAAGUCGGUAUUCUACAUCCUAAGGUAUUCAUUUGACAUCUUGGACUUUGCCCAAAAGAAGUAUGGUGCCAAGUUUAUCGAACAACUGGGAUUAAAUGACCACCUGGAUCCGAGAACGGUCCAAUACCAAAGAAACUUUGAAUUUAUGAAAGCAAUCACACAACUCAAUUUGUGGACAAAGAUUCUUUUAGAUUACGGGUGUUUCCUCCUCACCGAACUUCAAUACGGCCGAGAAGUCCCACCAGAUGCAUGGUCAAACAAAAUCACUUUCUUUUGGAGAAAACUGAUGGAAUCAGCGAAUGGAUACAAACAAACCUUACUCCUGGAAUGCAAAAAUGAUCCCACAUGGAAAGAGUUCCUUGAAAUCGAUCCAUUUUUUGCUUCUGCUAAACGGGCAUGGGACCAUAAAAUCCAAAUCUUUCCUGAGCUUUAUGAUUUGUUAAAAAGUCUCAUGGAUAAAGGAAUCUCCGACGCUGAGAUUGAUGAGCUGCGAGAUAUCUUUUUUGAAAAAUGA